AUGGUUAGCGGUAUGAAGAUUGUGCUUGCUGUUGCGGUGUUGAUUGCUGUUGCGAGCGUGGGCCAGUGUGAAGUUGACAACAUCAUGGGAUGUGUCUUCUGCCAGCUCAUCACCGAAUCCAUCGCCCAAGAACUCAGCCCCCCGCACGCCUUCAAGACCAUGUACAGGCGUUGCGCCAAGAUGGGCUUGAUGGAACCGGUGUGCGACGCAUUCAUUGAAGAAAAUGCAAAGCGGAUGUUCAUGCUGCAUAAGUCAGGCUUCUCGCCGGAUGCCAUUUGUCGGAAAAUGCAAUUGUGCCAAGCC